CCUUCAUUCACCUCACCCGGCCGUUCGUUCAUUAACAAGCCUGCAUCCCGUCGAAUUGAUUCCCCUCUGUCUGCUGUGACCGUCUCUGUCUUUUGUGUGUGCGCAUGGUGUCUGUCCGUUGUGCUAUGACGCAGGCGCCCCGGACGUGUGUUGGGUGCAAUCUGUGGACGGAUUGCACGACGCAAGUCCGGGAAAGACACGUCACAGCACAAGUGGACAUCCACGCAGACACGCACACUUUGCGGCCGGCCAGCCACGAGCCAGAUGUGUGUAUGUGCUUGGUUGACAAAAGGAAAAGUACCGCGAGAAAUAGGCCAAAAACAACCGUAUGACGACAAAUCUCUCUCUCUCUCUCUCUCUCUGGGCUAGCUACCAUCCGUACCAUCUCACAUGGGAAUCAGCCAGUCAGUCAGUCGUGUGUCCAUAUCAUUCCUGCAGCGAGCGACUCGGGAGAAGCCAAGAGCCCAGGCCAGCAGUGAUUGAGUACGAUGGAUCGAGCUAGAUAUAAAGGAGCCGUUCAUUCAACCAAUUACCGUAAAUACACACACACAUACGCACGCACACACACGCACACGCGGCUGUCGGCUGACUAGGCCUAUACACCUACACUUACACACGAGCAUGCGCUCGUUCACACACGAGAGCAGUCUCUCCUGCUUUGGUGCGAUGUGUGUGUACCGUGUUGUGUUGUGUUGUGUGUGGCGCGGUGGGUCGGAAGAGCGCAAAACUGACAGACAGAUGGUCGGAUGGAAGCGGCCAAAGCACAAAAACAUGCGCGCACACGACACACAACACGCGACAGCGAUUGCCCUCCCUCCCUCCCUCCCAUGGGUGCGAUGUAAGUAUGUAAUGUCUGAAUUGUGCGUGCGAUGGGCUCUCGUGAUGAGAACAGAACAGAAGAUUCAUUCGCCUCUCUCUCUCCUCUCUCUCUUGCCAGCAAUCGCCGUACCGUACGAUAUUCGCAACUGACCGGAAAAAGGCCCAUAGAACACAACACGCCUGCCUCAUUGAUUCAUUCAUCCAGUCAGUGCAUAUGUGUUUUGUUGGUGUACAUACAUGGGUGUAGGCAAUGUAUGUAUCAGCCAGCCAGCCAUUCAGUCACCCUAUACCACCAUGACAAACAUGCAGACACAUGUCAUGUAUGUGACAGUGAGAGAGGGGAGGAACGUCCACCGCACGCAUAGCCAUGCAGACACAGUGCAAGCGAAGCCAUAUGUCCCUUUGUCGUCCCUUUCUGGCUGUGGCUGUGGCUGUGGCUGUGCUGUGUGGACAGGCGGCUGGUGCCAGUUGUCGAGCCGCCCGCCACGACUGACCGAAGCUCAUGCGCGUGAGAUUCGGUCAAGAGUGACCCGAAGCUCUGCAACUGGCGCUAGCACACCGACACAGCAUCGGACACCAUCAAGUGAUGCGCUCUCUGAUCCCUCCCUCUUAGGCAGUGCCGUCUCUUGGCAUGUCCGUUGAUGCCUCCUGCGUCUCACCGCGUCUCGGCACGCAGCAGCAGAUCACUUCGGUGUAUGAUCGUUAGCGACGUGCCGAGAGACAAGGACAGGAGGCAUCAACAAGACAUGAUCACCACAACAGCAGUGGGUAGGCUCUGGCGCGACCCAGCUGUGAGUGACCUUCCUCCCCCCUCUCUCUCGACAUAGCACACAGCACAACACAGGGCAACACAACACAUGACAUGCAAUCACACGCAAUGCAUCCAUGGACACAUACACGCACACGCAUAUAUCUUAUGGGUGGAUGCGACAGUGCUCUCUUCUCAUCAGUUUCGCGUUCAGAGAGCCACAAGGACCAGCAGCAGGGCAGGCACCGCUGCCACGACAGACCACGCCGCGGACGCACCUGCACACGGCACACACAGAGACACACACAAAGAUUGAUGCAACAUGACUGCCGCAGACUCCCCCCCGCCCUGUCUGUCUGUGUGUGUGUGUUCACCUGAUUCGACGCGUUGGUCCAGGCCCUCCACCGACAGCUGCUGCGCCCUCACGCCGUCGCCCGCCAGUGAGCUGGGGAUUAAACCGUUCGGACCCAAGUCGCCUGCACACAUUACCAAGACCACAAGAGCACACAUAAAGGUCAGUUGCUGACGUGCCGACGGUUCAAUGACAGAGCCCACCUGCGAUAGUGUCGUCGGGCGGGGCCGUCGUCACAUCUGCAGGCCGACAGACAGACAGACAGACAGACAGACAUCCUCACCCACAGAUAAGCGUCGUCUGUCCAUCACUGACCUUCUUCGGUCACGAGAAUGUCAUUCUGCUCCACCGGCGGCAGCAGCAGCCCCGAACCAGAAGACGCGAACCCCUCCGCAGUGUCGUCAUCAUCAUCGCUUUCAGGAGGCGCCUCGACCUGCUGCCCAAUGGCGCCUACGGUCGUCUCGUCAUCAUCGCCACCGUCCCCUCCCUCCAGGUAAGGAGACGUGUCGUAUGUGGGCACCGAUGCCGAAUCCACCGCAUCCGAGGGCGGCGGGACGCGGUAGUAGUCCUCGGGGUUCCACUCGUCGUCGUCGUCGUCGUCGUCGUCGUCGUCAACAUCAGUGCCGCCUCCGGGAGUGUGGUCGACCGACACGGCGGAUGACGGGGAUGGGGCGGAGGGGACCUCGCGGUUGUAGGGGGACGAUGGCCGGGAGGGGGAGGGGUGAGCAGGCGUGUGGCUGACCGGCUGAUCAGAUGCAGACAGACAGGCAGACACAGAUGGAUAGAUCCCCACGGCAGGCGUUUCUCUCGCCAUCGCGUCACUCACCUGGUGGUCGACGUGUGUGGGCGUCGGGACCGGGUGGUACCCACCACUGACACCGCCCCCAUAGCCAUAGCCAUAACCGCCCCCAUAGCCAUAGCCAUAGCCAUAGUCGUAGCCACCGUGCCGCUUGUGGUGUUUGCUGUGGCUGUAGGACGGGGAGUGGCUCCGACGCCCGUGACGGCGGUGGUAGUACCCCUUCAGCUGCCGACCUGCACACACAUCACACAGCACACAGCACACAGCACACAGCACACAGCACACACAGCCAGCAGUCAUGUCAUGUCAUGUCAUGUGCCUGGGUCGGUGCUGAAGAUUCGUCUCCUCCCUCCCUGACCUCGCUCCACUUCCUGACCGUCAGUCUCCGUGGUGGCAGAGAUCUCGGCGAGGGCGGUCGUCAGGUGCCUGAGGAGCACACAUACACACACCCCACGGACGUGUUUGCGCCACCCCCUCACCCGGUGCAGCCUUGUCCUCCCCCUAAGACUUUUGGAUGAAACCUACCCGCAGAGCAAGAUGGCGAGCAGAACAACUGGCCCAGGUACCACUGCCAUCGUGUACACGAGGGGAGAGAGAGAAAGAGAAGAGGGCGCAGUUCCAGA